AUGGAUCGAGCCGUCUCUGAUGUACUGCUCACCUAUAAUUUGAGCUAUGCAUUCACCUCAAGUACCAACGUCACAGGUCUCUUACUGCAAGAUCUUUUAUCAAAAGCAGUAGGUGGGACUGGCCAAUCUGACAUUGGGGCGGCAAACUUUGUCGACGGCGCCCUUCUUGGUAACGACGCCGAAUUCUGGUUCUAUGGUGGUCAACCAGAGUUGCAACUCGAACCCUUCCCGACCAAAAAUAGCAUCAUCGGAUAUGAAGCCUUCCAGUACGGGCACACAUCAAGCGAUUUUCAUUCUGGAUUUGUCCCAAGUCGAACUAUACCAGGCAAUUUUAGUCAGUUCGUCACAUUUGGUGGUGCAGCAAGAGCUCCAUCUGAGAAUCUGGCUUGGUACUUUUCCGGAGCGACCUCUGAGUCUGGCGGACUAAUUCCUAAAGUCUCCAACGACACUAACCGCCCAACAAAGAUAUCCAACCACCUCAUAACGCUCAACAUGACGGAUCAGCUUUUUGAGACAUGGAGUAAUCAGACUUUGCCACCUGAUGUCAAGGGUCGCGCGAGCCCCGAAGUAGUCUGGGUCCCUGUUGGUGUGCAAGGUAUACUCGUCGCUCUCGGGGGCGUUGUCUUCCCAGAAUAUGCCGGCAAGAAUCGCGUGUCCCAAAACCCAACAGCCAGUGAAUCACAAAGCCCGAAAUUUAUGCAAACUAUUGACAUUUACGACGUUGCCAGCAAAACGUGGUAUACACAAGCAACCACAGGGGGGCCUAGCACACGAGCCCGUGGGUGUGCUGUCGUGGCCACUGCAUCUGACAGCUCCAGCUUCAACAUCUAUUACUAUGGCGGGUAUGAUGGGAUUCAUGUUACAGAACCAUUUCACGAUGACGUCUGGGUUCUUUCACUUCCAUCUUUUACGUGGACUCAGAUCAACAAUGGCACGGAAUCUCACGCGCGGGCGGGACACAAAUGCUUUACUCCUUAUCCUGACCAACUCAUGAUAUUCGGUGGCUAUCCGCCGCUUACUGGGACAAUCGCAAAACCAAACUGUUUAGAGGUUGGGCCUGUUGUUAUAUUCAAUUUAACCAGCGGGGAAUGGAUGGAUUCCUAUGAUCCCACAAAGUACGGCGACUAUGGCGUCCCUGAGAAAGUCCAGGCUGUCAUUGGAGGCAAUGCGUCCGGUGGUGCAACUGCCACAAAGCCGGCUUCCCCUGGCUGGGCAACUGCAGCUCUUGGCAAAGUAUUUGCUACGCCUUACGACCAAAAAAAGAUCACACCAUACUGGCCUUAUCCGGCGGCUCAAACGACCACUUCUCCAGCAGAACCGACAACAAAGCCAACAUCUAAAUCUAAUGGAUUACCAUCAUGGGUAGGACCGGUUCUAGGCGUCAUCCUAGGUCUUAUUGCGCUCACCUGUGUUAUUGUCUUGUUCUGUCUUUGGAGACGGCGCAAGAGUCUUAAAAACCGGUCUAGCACGAAUACCAGUGAAGAAGCUGGCCUGAGAAUCCUCUCGUGGAUCCGAGGACAGCCUCAUUCUCACAAGGCUGCCACGGAGACAACGGAAGAAGUACCUACAAGCCCAGAGAUGCGAGAAUACCUACAUCCUAGUUACACCCCGUCGGCUUCAGCAUCAGUCCCUCCCCUGCAUCAUGAAAUGGACGAUACGCAGUUGGUGGAACUUCCUGAUAAUACCAGGGUUGAGCUUCAAGAUACGGGGUUAUCGCCAAUGGACGUUCGUGACCGUUAUUCUCAUUGGUUCCCAGGUGGCAGUACCAGCGACACCUUGCCAAGCCCUACUAGAAGCUCUCUCCAGAGCGCAUCUCAUAUCAUCUCACCGAUGAACAAAGAUCGAAACAGCGAUAUAUCACAUUUUGCUGGGUCUAGCGGUCUGCCUUCGCCUCCGUUACCUGAAGCCGACGAGAGCGACAGGAAGUCUCUAAUAGCGACCCCUGGGACAGCCAUCACUCCCUCGGGAGAGAAGCGGGACGAAUCAGCAAGGACAUCGGAGGGUCAUGAGUUUGUUGUUUCGCCUCCAACUGCGGAAGAAAACCCAGGAGACGACUAUUUAACAGCCAAGAAGCCUUCGUCUUCAGGCAGCCCAACUACCAGAAAAAGCGUGUUCCAGGAGCACAAUGAUGAUUGAUGACACGAAUUGAAUAGCAAGACGGUCCGGCAUCGGCGUUUGAAUGGGUGGGCAAUUUUUAUCGUUGUUUUUUUUUUAUAUAGUUUUUGUUCAAAGAGACGACUGUUAUGUGUCUGAGUUUGCAAAGAUCUUUAAUAUGAUUGUAUACCCGCCCGUUUUCAGGGAAAUAUAUAUAAUGCAGCUA